AUGGGGAGGGAGCAGCGGCAGCUCAGUCACCAGUCACCGCUGCCUUUCACGCUCCUGGCCGCCGCUGCCAGCGACGAUGACCUUCCCGGGGACCUGCAGUCGCUGUCAUGGCUCACGGCCGUGGACGUGCCACGGCUGCAGCAGAUGGCGAGUGGCCGCGUGGACUUGGGUGGCCCCAGUGUGACGCCUGCACUCCCAGGUGCCUUGGCGGGGGCGGCUGACCUGCACACAGGAGUCCCUGCUGCUCCCCUGCUGCACGGCCCCGCAGGCCUGGCCCCCCCGGGCAUACUGGGCCUGGGCCCGCUGGCCGGCCACGGAGCGAGUAUGACUCAGUUCUCCGCGGGGGGCCAGGCCCCGGCUGGCCUGCAGGGGGCGCCGCAGCUGUACUCGCCCGCCCCUCCGGCACAGUUCCAGCUGCCCCCUGGCACGCAGCAGUGCCCUCCAGCGGGCCUCUACGGGUCCCCCUUUGGGGUCCGGGCGCACUACCCCCAGCCCCGCGUGGCCGUGCAUUCGUCUCAGGACCCGCACCCCAAGCACUACCCUAAGCCCAUCUACUCCUACAGCUGUCUGAUCGCCAUGGCCCUGAAGAACAGCAAGACGGGCAGCCUGCCUGUGAGUGAGAUCUACAGCUUCAUGAAGGAGCACUUCCCCUACUUCAAGACCGCGCCAGACGGCUGGAAGAACUCAGUGCGUCACAACUUGUCCCUGAAUAAGUGCUUCGAGAAGGUGGAGAACAAACUAGGCGGCGCCUCCCGCAAGGGCUGCCUGUGGGCCCUGAACCUGGCCCGCAUCGACAAGAUGGAGGAGGAGAUGCACAAGUGGAAGAGGAAGGACCUGGCCGCCAUCCGCCGGAGCAUGGCCAACCCUGAGGAGCUGGACAAGCUGAUCUCAGACCGGCCGGAGAGUUGUCGGCGUCCUGGCAAGCUGGGGGCGUCCGAGGCCCCUCUGCUGACGCCCGGCACCACCGUGGCCCGGGCCCACGGCUGCCUGGCCGUAUCCCAGCUCCCAGCCCAGCCCCUGAUGACCCUGUCCCUGCAGUCGGUCCCCCUGCACCACCAGGUCCAGCCCCAGGCACACCUGGCCCCAGACUCGCCCGCCCCGGCCCAGACCCCACCCCUGCACGCCCUGGCCGACCUGAGCCCCGGCCCCCACUCGGCCGUGGGCAGGGCCGCCCUGGACUUCAUCAACAUCAGCACCGACAUGAACACCGAGGUGGACGCGCUGGACCCCAGCAUCAUGGACUUCGCUCUGCAGGGGAACCUCUGGGAGGAGAUGAAGGACGAGGGCUUCAGCCUGGACUCGCUGGCGGCCUUCGCAGACUCCCCGCUUGGCUGUGAGCUGGGGGCCUCCGGCCUGACCCCCAUCUCCGGCGGCAGUGACCAGUCCUUCCCAGACCUGCAGGUGACCGGACUCUACGCCGCCUACUCGACACCGGACAGGGUGGCCACGCCGGCCACCACCUCCUCCCCUCAGUACCUGGGCGCGCCGGGGAACAAGCCCAUAGCCCUGCUGUGA